CCUUCGCCCAGCGCCAACCGCAGCGCCAACUCCAGCGCCAAACAACUCCCAAUCGUUUCCACGAGGCCAAACACUCCUGCACGACGGCCCUGUUACACCGAAACCCCUCGAUGGCGAGCCACAACGGCGGACCAUGAUACUUUUGCUCGACAACCGGCUGCUGUGAUCGUGUUCAGCCCUUGGCUUGCCGUCUAGCAUGGCAACCCUCGAGACCGAACCCGAGGCCGGGAAUGCCAGACGGUGUUCAAUCGAGAAGAGGCCGAUCUUCGUGCUUGACGCCGAUACCGACGCCAACGCCGAUGCUGACGCCGGUCUUGACGACAAGGAGCCUUCGGCGUUCGAGCGACUCCCCGACGAAAUCAUCGAGCAAAUACUACGGGCAACAGACGCCAGCGGCUUUGCGUCGCUUGCGCUGCUCAACACAAAAUGGAGAAGCGUCGCACAACAAGCCCACCUCUACGCCCACCAUCUCGCGAGUUGUCCGUCAUAUGCCAUGAGCCAUAAUGCGCCUCCGCAGGCCGCAAGCGAAGAUGACUUACCCAGGCUGCGUCGCCUCUUCGCCAAGGAGAUCAAGCGCAAUCUGUUCGACGCGUAUUUGCGCCCUUCCCAAACCAUCAUCAAGGUGGUCUCGAACUCGAUUAGUUCCUCGUCAUGCCCCGGCGGCGAAGGCAUUCAGUUCAGCCCCUCGCCCAAGGGCCACCACCUGCUCGCCUACAACUCAUCGAGGAUACACGUCAUUGAUGUUCGAGCACCCGAGAUCGAGGUGAAACGGGAGUUCAAGAUAUUGCGACGUCCCGCUGCCACGUGCAUCAAUGACGAGGGCACAACACUCGCCGUCUUGUUGACCGAGAUGGAGGUCGAUAUCUACGAUCUGACCAAGACCCCGCCGAAACGGACGCAGUCCAUGAUCCUGGACCACAGCCCUCGGGCCAUCGCGCUCUCGCCCUGUGGUUCCAUUCUGGCCGCCGCCUACGAAGGCGGCAUCGAAGUUUCUUCGCUGAAUCCCGGAGCUCUGGCGACCGAGAGAAGAGCAGUCAAGUGCGACGGCGUCGAUGCGCUAGCCUUUUCGUUUGACGGGACCCAGAUACUCGGGACGACGGUGCAGUCGUCGCAACCCAACACCGUGAUACUAACAGCCCCAUACUAUGACCCCGGCAGCCACAUGGCCGAUGACAACAUCAGCAGUUUGUGGACGACGUCGAUUCUGUUUCCCAACACGAGCCGCGACUGCAGCCAUGCCGUUCUGAUCCAGAACGGCAAGCAUGAGGAAGCGGCCUGGACGUUCACCUAUGACCGGAGCUUCGAGACGUUCAGGGCGGUGCGGAUCGACGAUCUGCGCAAUGGCACCACGUACUUCACCGGGCCGGUACCCAGCCCCAACUCACAGGCGAGACUGCUCCCCUGCACCCUGCCUGCCGCCUCCUACUACGGCGAGCUCGUCUCCGCCGGCUUCCAGGGCAAGGAAAUCUGGCUCUACGGCAUACCCGAGGACCUCGACGCAGUGCCUGAAACGGCGAGUGCAGGUGCCGACGAUGGCUCCAACGGAAACGGACUCUUCCGUCGAAGCAGCGGGCCAUCGGUGCGUUCGAGCGCCAGACUGCAAGAAAGCAGUGAAUCGGCAAGGCUGCCGCAGUGGCAGAUCCUGUGUGAUAAGCUUCGGAACACUUUCAUUACGGGCUACAAAAUCGGCGAGCUGGAGGGUGUUAAUACUGUGAAAUUCGUCGCGGACUUUGCAGACUCAUGCAUGAAGGAGCGAUUGAUUGUGGCGGCUCGAGGUGUUGUGCCAAACGUCUCCGUCACUGACGAUGAAGGGAUCGACUUCGUUGACGGGGGACGCGUCACCAUUCUCGACUUCGAUUACGGCGUCCGGGACGGGACGGUCAAGGAGUACACGAUCGAAGUAGGGACAAAGGAGCCGGAAGUGCUCGAGGAAGAGCACCGCGACAUGGACACGGAGGUGGCCAUUGUUCGUCGACGGACUGUUGCCCAGAAGAGAGGGAGCCGCAGCGCUGCUGUCAUGCGCAGUAUGACAAGCGCAGCUCGCGUCCCGCCCCUGCCUACGCAGCCUCCGGCCCGCCCUGAAGACGACGAAGACGAUCCUCUUGUCCCUCGCAGAAUAGGAGCGCCUCCCGUCAGAAGUGUCCAGCAAGUGGCAGCAACUGACGAAGUGGAUACUCAGUCCAUUGAAGAGCAGGAAGCGCUGGAUGCGCCCUACGACCACACAAGCCCUCGGUCAGGCACAACGCUCCGUCGGGCGGCCACGGCUGCUGCCAACACUCGACGGCUCCAUCCGGCCGCAGCGGCGGGGGGGCAUAUUGUGUAUCGCAGAGCCGACGGCCGCACGGAGCAUCCUCAUGAAAGCGACGCGGACAACUGGGUUCCUCCGCCGCCGCCAUAUCAGAAAGAUGAUCCUUGCGACUUGCCCUCUUUCCUCCGCCAUGCCGCCAUCCUACCCCUCGCCGGUGCGGGCACGCAACCGCCAGGCGCCCAAGCGGAGCAAUCUCGGGACAGGCAGGCAAACCGAAACUCUUCCGCAUCUAUGCACCAGCAGCAUCGUCGCGCUCAACCGGCGGCUUCUUCCAAUCGGCACUCCUCCCCCAUUCCUCCCGUUCCCCCGCUUCCGUCACUCUCUGACAUCCCACCCGUCCCGCCCAUCCCUGCUGUCCUACAAGGUGCAACCGGUUCACCUGCACUGCCAGCCCCUGUCCUACCACACACUGGCUCUCACGGGCGUGCCGGAAGUUCAGGGCUGCAGUCUUCGAAUGGGGACGCCUCGCGGCCAGCCACAAGGGACUCGCGGUAUCUCGGAGAGGAGAACAUCUACGAUGUGUCUCCGCCCGAUUCACCUGCCAUGGCACCGGUGGCACAUCAUGUUUCCGGCGAACCGGGUGACAGCCGCGCGUUGAGCUUCCCUGAGCAACCCGCUCGAGCGAGCACAGUGCCACAGGCGUCACCUCCAGGCGUAACCGGAGGGGAGCGUGCAACCGCGGCCGGGAGCCAGCCGGCUUCUGUAUCUCCGGAAGGUGGGCCUCCAGCGACUGUCGAGUCUCAAGUCACGGCCCAGGCAACCGCAAGCCUCUCGCCGUCAGCGAAUAAGACUUCGGUGCCCGGUGGUGAACCCCUGGUGAGGAGAAUUUCCGUCUCAAGGACCUGGCCCAUACAGCCGAUGCCAAUCAACACCGGCAAUGCUUCGGAGGGAUACCCGUACUCGGCCCCGCCCGUCAACCGCAAUCCAGCAUUGUCUCAGUCAUUUGUUCAUCCUCCGAGACCUGAACAGAUGCCGGAUCUCGACAACCGGGCCUCAGCGUCACGGCCGCUCUCUGGGAGCUUCCCACUGCCCCCGCGCAUCCCAACCGACAUCCAUAUGAGUGGUGACUGGCGUCGCACCUCGUACCAGCGCCCCGUCUCGCAGCAACAGCACUACUCCUUCCCACUGCAACGAGACCAGUCACCUGCUCUCCAGGUCAACGCGCGCGCCACCAUCCACGCCCCUCAGCCCCAGCGGCCGCACAACAUGGGCCCCGCCGCGCCGGCAGAGGAUAUGCCUCUCAUUAUCAGCACUCCCAAAGGCGUGUCGGGCGCCUUCGACCCGCCCGACCGCCACCCGUCCGAACGGCGCGCCGAAACACCCAUCUUGGCGCCCGUCCCGCACCGCCCACGCCCGCAGACCCAGGCGUCCAUCCUCCGUCCGCCGGCACAAGACCGUUUGGAUACCAUCUACAGCAGCAGCAGCGCCCCGCCCGGGCAGCAGGGGGCCGUCCGUCUGAGUGUCCCGCCCAUUCCGUCGGCGCCGGGUUCGACGUCGACGGGCUUCUCGCGCCGCAUCCCGAGCCUGAGCAGGAAACAGAGCCGUGCCGAGCGGAGCGCGGCAAAGAACCUGGCGGAUGCCAAGCGCAGGGGGUGGACGGGCCGGUCCAAGAGCAGGCGGAAGAAGAAGAAGGAGAGGGAUUUCGACGCCGCGAGCAGUGCCGCGUGGACCGAUGUCACCGUCGGGGCGUACAGCGUCAGGUCUGGCUUCAUGGGCCAUGGUGGUGGUGGUGGGAAUUAUGGAAAUAAUAACGGGGAGGCGGUACGGGGGCUGAAGGCGGAGAAGGGGAAGGAUAGAAGAUGUGUUGUUAUGUGAAGCCCGAAGAGGUGGGAUUUUGGAUGUCUGCGAGGCAUGGUGAUGAGAUGUGGGAAGGAGGAGAGAUUGAUACAUCUAUCUCGUCUGUCUAUUGGAGCGAAGAGAAAGCGAUGCGUGGAUGGAUAUUUAAAGCAAAGGCUUGGUCACGGUAGGUAUGUUGGAUUUUCCUUGAACGAUUUUGAUCGCAGUUGCUGGUGCACAUAGCGGGAAAGAGAUAGCGGUUUCAUAUGGGAGGUAAACUUUGAUGUU